AUGUUAACUUACCAAGGCGAUUCCCUCUCGGACCCAGCCGUUCCCGACGAAAGAAAGACCUCCAGCUCUGCCUUCCUCUCAAAAAACGACCCUGUCGUUUCUUGCAUCGGCCGCCGGGCUCUCGACUUCCAUGGUGGAUCGCAACGAGUGCUGGGCGAUUACGGGAAUCCGCAGCUGGUGAAAUACGCACCAGGACAAAAGAAUGAUCUGCAUGUAGACUGGUGGCUUGAGCCUCAGAAUCGAGGAGGACGUCUGUACAAUAGGCGAACCACUAUUUUGGCAUACCUCGACGAUCGCUGUACUGAAGGAGAGACCUACUUCCCAUACAUCACGGGAAUGAAUGACUCCGCAGUCGAUCGGCACGGAAGCCAAGGCCAGCCUCGGUUCUGGACGAAUGGAGAUGGAACGGGUCUUUAUGUUGCACCUCGAAAAGGAAAUGCGGUUUUCUGGGUUAAUUUGAAGGCCAAUGGCCAGGGCGACGAGCGAACUCUUCACGCAGCUUUGCCGGUGGGCUCUGGAAGUAAAAUUGCCAUGAACUUCUGGCCCCCGCAGUAUUUUUAA